AUGCGAGGAGUGAGAGGGACAAGAGGCGGUCAGACAGAGAAUAAGAAGACUGAGUCAAUUCAUUCAGAGAGAGGACAUCGGGUGGACGGUGAAGACGCAAUUGAGGAGGAAGCACUAAAAGGAGCAUCAUGCGUUGAGGAUGACGAUGGCAGAGAGCCAACGCUGAGUGACCUGGCAGGGAUUAUCCGGUCAUUUGCGGGUCAACAGGAGGCCCGGGAAGAAGAAUGGAGAGCGCAAGCCAACCGCCAGGAGCACCAGUUCAAGGCACUACAGCAUCAGUUUCGCCUUCUGCAGCAAGAGGUCGAGGAUCGUACAUCUCCAGUCCCCAAGCCUGCUUCCACAGUACCGGAUCCCUUUGAGGACCACAAUUUGAAUGAGAAUCAUCCAAGAGCUCAAGCCUCAUCCUCUACAGAGUCGGUCCACCCUACUAUGUCUUCAGCAGGUCAGUCUCGAUCUCUUUAUGAGCCUAGACUUGAAAAAUUAACAGAAAAUGAUGAUGUUGAACAUUUCCUAAUUACUUUUGAGAGAAUUGCAGUAACAUGUCGGUGGCCAAAAGUGGACUGGGUUUUUCGCCUCCUUCCACUGCUGACUAGUAAGGCCAGAGGAGCCUAUGUGCAUAUGGAUAUGGAUGAUGCUCAUGAAUAUGAUAAAGUGAAAUCAGCGAUUCUAAAAAAGUAUGAUAUUAACCCUGAGACCUACAGGCAGAGGUUCAGAUCCCUCCAUGUGGAACCUGAGGAGAGCCCCCAGGAGCUGUAUGGGAGGCUGAAAGAGCUGUAUGUCAAAUGGAUACAACCGCAAGGUAAAACACUUCAUGAAAUUAGUGAAGUUCUGAUCAUGGAACAAUACUUGAGAAUGCUGUCCCCUGAGCUUCAGGUUUGGGUAAAGGAGCAUGGGCCGAAAUCUGCUGCUGAAGCUGCCACUCUUGCGGAUGUGUUUGUGGCUGCCCGGGAAAAAGGCCAGCCAUGGAGUAGUAUGGGUGGCAAGGACUGCCACAGGCCCAUACCCCCUCAGCACCAACAGAGGUCGGCGUCAGGAGCGGGUAAGCCUCCCAUGAGGGAGAACCAAUAUGCACCACCCAGAGCUCCUAACCGAACACCAAUUUGUUACUUUUGUGGACAGGAAGGUCAUAUUAAACCGAUGUGCCCAAAGAAUCCAGUCAAGCUGACCCAGAUGUGUUUUGUUCCACGCCAGAGUGUUAACCCUGAACCCAAAGGUAACCAUAUCAGGAAAAUGGUUGGUGUUAAAAUCAAUGGGGUAAACCUCAGAGCCCUGAUUGACACUGGCAGCACUCAGACCCUUGUACAGAGAAAGUAUGUACCAGCUAAUGCUAUCUGCACCUUGGAGACGGUUCCUAUUUGCUGUAUACAUGGUGAUGAGAAGUCUUACCCCACCGCUGAUAUUUAUCUGGAGAUAGAAGGACAGGCUUAUCUGUUAAAUGUGGGAGCUGUGCUUCUCCAGGGACCCAAGGAGGAACGACAUCCUGUGGCAUAUAUCAGUCGGAAACUGCUCCCCAGAGAGGUCCGUUAUUCAACGGUGGAAAAGGAGGCCUUGGCAGUCAAAUGGGCCCUUGACUCCUUCAAGUAUUACCUGAUGGGCCGAGAGUUUAUCUUGGAGUCUGACCAUAAGGCACUGCAGUGGCUGGAGAGGAUGAAAUAUACCAACGGGCGGAUCACCAGGUGGUACCUUGCCAUGCAGCCGUUCCGGUUUACAGUCCAGUACAUCCCUGGCAAGUUCAACACCACUGCAGACUAUCUCUCUCGCUGGCCCAGCGGCAGCUCUGAAGGAGGGGGGUGUGUGAUGGCCACAGCCGUGGCCACACAGCCAUCUUAA